CUUAGAAAAUCAAUCAAUAUAUAUGUCACUAUAAAGUUACUAAACCGAUCAUAAAAUCAUCCUUUCCUUCUCAUAAUGUGUGAUUACGUGUGUUAAGGGAAGUGUUUAUACUAAAAAAUGUUUUAUGCCUCUGGGUUGGACCACUCAAGGAUUUAACCUUGAGUGUGUUUAAUUGACUUACUUUUUCACGAUUUCAUAGUGUAAUGAAAAAGCGCUGUUUUCGAGGUUUCGGAUGUUUACGGUCGGCUGAUAAUGUAACUACUGCCAUCCGAAAAAAGUUGGUUAUUGUUGGUGAUGGAGCCUGUGGGAAAACAUGUUUACUUAUUGUUUUCAGCAAAGAUCAAUUCCCAGAAGUCUACGUUCCAACAGUAUUUGAAAACUAUGUGGCUGAUAUUGAGGUUGAUAAUAAGCAAAUAGAACUAGCUUUAUGGGAUACUGCUGGUCAAGAGGAUUAUAAUCGACUUCGCCCAUUAUCCUACCCAGACACCGAUGUAAUCUUGAUGUGCUAUUCUAUUGACAGCCCUGACAGUUUAUCUAAUAUCAAAGAGAAAUGGAUACCGGAAGUUAAACACUUUUGCCCAAACACACCAAUUAUAUUGGUUGGAAACAAGAGUGAUCUCAGAUAUGAUGAUAAAGUUGUCAACGAACUUGCCCGUUUAGGUCAACAUCCAGUUACAUCUAGCGAGGCAAAGGCAGUAUCUGCCUAUAUUGGCGCUUACGGAGAAAUUGAAUGUUCGGCGAAAACCAAAGAAAAUGUACGUCAAGUAUUUGAACUAGCCUCUAGAGCAUGUUUAAAAAUACAGAAAAAACAUAGAAAAAGUUAUAAAUUAUUUUGAACUUUAUCUUUCUUUACUUCUUCUUUAUUUCCAAUAGAUAAUCUAAUAAUAUUGUUUAUCUAACUACUAACCUAUUUAUUUCUGGCUAGUAAGUGUUUCUUUCACUUUGAGAUGAUGGAUAAAUAACUGAACACAAUGAAUACAAGAAAAAAACUACUGACUACCUUCUCACAUUCCUACUUCUCAUCUUCAGUUGAUCUUGUUCCGUCGACAUUGCUGCGUCAAGUACUGUUCGUUUUAGGUUGUUACAUCUUUUUAUAGUGUUGUUGUUUUUUAUUGUUACCAUCAUUAUGUGUACUUUAUUUAUUUCAUUUAAAAAAAUUGAUCUUUUCUUAUCAACAACUAAUGUCAAUAUAUGUGAGUAUGUAUUAUCCACUUAAUGAUAAUCAUUUGUAUAUCUCAUUUCAAUGCUUAUUGUUCUACUUUAAAAUGAACAGUUAUUUGUAUAAUGAAUUAUUUUUGAUUAUUCAUUGUGUGCACGUGUGUGCGUGUGUGUGUUUAUUAUAAAUUCCUAAAUAAAAAAAGUGUCUUAUAUCGGUUUUUCUC